AUUUUACAUUGUACUUCCGCGACGCCAUUUUACUUUCAAAGGAGCUAACAGACUCGGCUCAGAAAACAUGAUGAACGACAACGACUUCCAGGAUUUUGAGCGUCAGCUUGCUGAAAAUCGAUCGGUUUUUUCUCCAGAAAUUGAAAAAGACAAAGCUCCCAGUAGAAGACGCUCAAGAUCACGUUCCAGGGGUCGAAGAUCACGAAGUCGAGAAAAGAGAAGAUCUCGGUCCAAGGAUAGGGAAAGGAAACGAAGAUCUAGGAGCUCGCCGGGACAGAAUGGCACACUCCCGGCGGCUGCAUUUAUGGACAACAGUCGCUCUAAGGAUCGGGGGAGGAAGAGGAAGAAGCCAUACAAAUACUGGGAUGUUCCCCCUGCGGGUUUUGAGCACAUGUCACCAAUGCAGUACAAAGCUAUGCAAAGUGCUGGUCAGAUUCCUCAGGCAAUCACGGUGCCGAAUGUGGCCCUAACAAACACAACAGUCCCCUUCGCUGGCAGUGCCAUCAGCAGACAGGCCAGACGACUCUACGUGGGCAAUAUCCCAUUCGGUGUCACGGAGGAGGCCAUGAUGGACUUCUUUAACCACCAGAUGAAGAUGACAGGGUUGGCACAAGCAGAGGGAAGUCCUGUUAUUGCUGUUCAAAUCAAUCUGGACAAGAACUUUGCCUUCUUGGAGUUCCGCUCUGUUGAUGAAACCACUCAGGCCAUGGCUUUUGAUGGUAUCAACUUUCAAGGGCAGUCCCUGAAAAUCAGAAGGCCGAGAGACUAUCAGCCCCUGCCAGGAAUGGCAGAGACUCCAUCUGUCAAUGUACCAGGAGUGGUAUCAACCGUGGUGCAGGACUCUCCACACAAAAUAUUUAUUGGUGGCUUACCCAACUACCUUAACGAGGAUCAGGUGAAGGAGCUCUUGACCUCAUUUGGACCUCUGAAGGCCUUCAAUCUGGUAAAGGACAGUGCCACAGGCUUGUCUAAGGGGUACGCCUUCUGUGAAUAUGUAGACCCCAAUGUCACAGACCAGGGCUGUGCAGGGCUGAAUGGUAUGCAGUUAGGAGACAAAAAAUUAAUUGUACAGAGGGCCAGUUUAGGAGCCAAGAACUCGCAAGUGCCUGUUCAGCUACAGAUUCCUGGUUUGAACCUGAACCAGGGAGCGGGUCCUCCUACAGAGGUUCUGUGUCUAAUGAACAUGAUCGUUCCUGAGGAGCUGGAGGAUGAGGAGGAGUAUGAAGAUAUCUUGGAGGAUGUUAAAGAGGAAUGUUCUAAAUACGGAGUUGUUCGUAGUAUUGAAGUACCAAGACCGAUAAAAGGUGUCGAAGUUCCAGGAUGUGGAAAGAUUUUCGUUGAGUUUAAUUCCAUCAUUGACUGUCAGAAAGCCCAGCAGGCAUUGACGGGGAGGAAGUUUUCGAAUCGCGUGGUGGUAACGUCGUACUAUGAUCCGGAUAAGUACCACAGGAGAGAAUUUUAACUUCAUGGUCCAGUAGCUGUUAACAUUGAUUUACACAAACAACUGGUGUUUUUCCAUUCAUUGCAGACUUUCAUCAGCUCGAAAUAAUGUCACUUCACAAUAAUGUCGUGUGGUCAAAUUUUAUAAAAUAUCAUUAAAUUUUGUUUCAAUGUCA